GCGAUGGCUUUCGCAAUGCAAGCGCCGAUUAGCCGGAGAGAGAGAGAGAGAGAGAGAGAGAGAGAGACUUUUCGCCAGCUGUUUUCAUUUUGGCCUUUUUUCUCAAAAUUGUCAAAUGUUUUGUGGGAAUGUGGAUUAUUUCGGAUUCGUUCUUUCUUUACAUUUCAAUUUCAUCAGUAUCACCUUCUCCUUCUCUUAAUUUCCCUUUUCAUCAACCAUCUUUCUCUCUCUCUCUCAUCAAUUUUCUUUUACUAUUACCAUAUUCUAUUCAUCAAAAGAUUCUGUAUUACUAUGCAUAUUGACCAUUACCUAUAUAACACUCCACUCUCUCUCUCUCUCUCUCCUCACGCGCCUUACUCCUCUCUCUCUCUCUCCACCUCGUAGUUGAGGCUUCAUUUCUUCCAUUUCUCAGAAGCCCACUUUGCUUUUCAAUUCCAAGAACGAUCUUUCACGCUUACCAUGUAACUGAAAAUAGAAAGAAACAAAGCAGCUGGUUUUUUCAGUUCCCACAGUUACAGAGAGAUUGAUAAAGAAUUGGGUGUCUGAAUCUUGGAUCAUUUUUAAUCUUGGGUGGCCAUGGAGAAUCGUAAUGAUGCAGAAGCUAGUUCAUUUGUGAGUUUGUUUGCGGCAUUGUCAUAUGGGAUUGCUUCCAUGGCUAUGGUUUUCAUCAACAAAGCAAUCCUCAUGCAAUAUUCACAUUCAAUGACACUUCUCACUCUGCAGCAAUUGGCAACUGCUGCUCUUAUACACUUCUGUCGAAGAUCGGGGUACACAAAAGCUAGAGGAUUAGAUAUGACAACGGCUAAGAAACUUCUUCCAGUGUCACUAUUCUAUAAUGCUAAUGUGGCGUUUGCCUUGGCAAGUUUGAAGGGAGUUAAGAUUCCAAUGUACAUUGCAAUUAAGAGACUGACACCACUUGCUGUACUGAUUGCCGGGUGCUUCUCAGGAAAAGGAAGGCCUACAGCACAGGUUACUCUUUCUGUGAUAUUGACUGCAGCUGGCGUCAUCAUAGCUGCACUGGGAGACUUUUCCUUUGACCUUUUUGGAUACAGCAUGGCCCUUACUUCUGUGUUUUUCCAGACCAUGUACCUUGUCUUGGUAGAGAAGUCUGGUGCAGAGGAUGGACUGUCAUCAAUUGAGAUCAUGUUCUAUAACAGCUUUUUGUCUCUUCCAUUCUUGUUAUUUCUCAUCAUCGCCACGGGAGAGUUUCCGAAUUCUUUUUCAAUAUUAUUUGCAAAGAGCAAUUCAUUAUAUUUUUUGGUUAUACUCAUUCUUUCAUUGGUGAUGGGCAUUGUUCUCAACUUCACCAUGUUCUUAUGUACCAUAGUCAACUCAGCUUUAACAACAACCAUUGUUGGCGUCCUCAAAGGGGUCGGGUCCACGACUCUCGGUUUUGUCGUACUGGGAGGCGUGCAAGUGCAUGCUUUGAAUGUGACAGGAUUGGCCAUCAACACAGCUGGCGGAGUAUGGUAUUCAUAUGCCAAAUAUCAGCAAAAGAAGAACAAGCCCCCAGGGCUUGAGUUUGAUGUUGAGGCUCAUCGUAAAUAAUAAUAAUAAAAAAUAGCUAGUGAUACUGAAAGAUUGCAGGUGGCCCCUAUUGUCUGCUUUCGGUUUGAAUUAGUUGUCAAAUUGUUCUUUUGUUGUAUCCCUGAGUUUAUGCCGAUGCAAGUUCGGUUUUCGGUUAGUCCAAUUUGCAAGUUCUUGAACAGUUUUUAGCAGCAAAUGCUUCAUAUGUUGUACUCACGCGAAUAUAAACUCUUGAGAAUCAAAAAGGAAUUAUAGUUAU